UAUGGCGAAGAGACUGGAUGAAAGUUCCUGCGUGAACAAAGGGUGUGCAUCGAGCGAUGAACAAGCGAACAGACGACUUGAAGGAAGAUUCUGCAAGCGUCCGCAAUAAACAGCAGCAAGUGCAGAACAACAUUCGGCCACAAACAUCCAAUCAAGGCACUCUUGCACUGACCGUUUUGUAAGAAGAAUACAGUGGAAAUUUUGAAGGCAGGGUCUUGUUCUGACAAUUAAGCUUCCCUAGAGAAUCCAUGCCCUAAAGCACCAGGUAUGGCAGCUGCCACACCUUCAUCACUUGCCAGUUCUGUAGAGAAGACGAAUGGAGCCAAGCUCAGCAGACUUCUUAUUGAUGGCGGUACAGCGGUUUUGAGGAAAUGCUUCGAUACCUUUCACCCCCCUACCAAACUAGCUGCUGGUCUCAGUUCUCACUACACAACACUGCACACUCUUUUCAAGAAAAAGGUUCUGCGUUUAGCCCAGUGGUACCAACUUUUCCCACCUAGUGGGGAUCCACCUGAUUCUAAAGAAUUUGAUAUCACUCUCCUGUUUCUCCUUUUGACCAACAUGUGUGGCCUCACCCCUCCAUCCUUAGGAUGGCACGCGAUGCCACCUAUUAGUGACACCUCUUUCGAGGCUAACCUUGCUCGAGUGAAGUUUUUCCGCAAUGAGUUGUAUGGCCACGUGUCCACCACUGGCGUUGAAAUGUCAGUGUUUUUGUCCCUGUGGCCGAAAAUUCGCGCAGUCCUUGUUGAUCUUGGGUUUGACCAGGUAGAAAUAGAUAGAUUAGAAGCCGAACAUAGUGGAGAGGAAGACUAUAUUGACUUGUUACGUGAGUGGUCUGAGAGUGAAGAAGAUACGUGGUCACAGCUGAGGGAUAUACGGAAUUUCCAGAUACAGAUGCACGAAGACGUUGCAGAUCUACGUCAAAACCAAAAAGAAGACCAGAAAACACUUGAGGAUACCAAGUCUAAAUUGGAGAAAUUGUCCCACUGCCAGGCAAAAACUCUUGAGGCUGUUGAAGAAAUGCAAGUAGGUAUCGAAGAAUUUAAACAGGUAGCUGAGUACGAAAAGAAGAAGAGAGAAGAUCAUUGGGAAGUUGAGGCCCUUAAAAACCUAGCGAAGGUCGACUUCCGAGGGGAUAUUGAAUAUCAUGCGCAAAGAUUCCAGGAAGGAACCCGUGAGUGGAUCUUCCGACAGAUGGAUGAAUGGUUAGACGACAAAAGCUCCGAAAAUCGAGUAAUGGUCAUCAGUGGCAAUGCUGGCAUGGGAAAGUCAGUUAUCUCCGCUGUUGCGUGUAAGAGAAUGCAAAAAGCUGGUCGACUGUCAGGGAGCCACUUCUGUCAGCACAACAAAGUGCGCUAUCGAAAUCCACAGCUGAUGCUUCAAUCCUUGGCCUGUCAUUUGACGCACACCUUACCCGAGUACAAGGAAGCUCUCGUGGAAAAACUAUCAAGGAAUCUGGGGGUACCACUCAACAGCAUGGGUGUCGAAGAGCUCUUUGCUCUGCUUUUGAAGGAACCUCUUAAUGCUGUUAAAGAUCCAGGAAGAAACAUCUUAAUGGUAAUAGAUGGCUUGGACGAAAGUGAAUAUCAAGGACGCAACGAGCUUCUCGAUGUCGUUGGCAAGCAUUUUUUUAAGCUCCCAAAAUGGAUUCGAUUUCUCGUGACAGCCCGACCAGAAAUAAACAUUACGGAGAGCCUGAAGCAUCUGCAACCCAUACACCUGAACCAAAAACAGGAAGAGAACUUAAGCGACAUCAAACGUUUCUUUCAACUACGUCUGGGAAAGCAACUUGAGCAAGAACAUAAGAAUGUGCUCUUGGACAAACUGGUUCAAAGGACUGAGGGUAUUUUCCUAUUUGCAUAUUUUCUUAGUGCUGCACUCGAAGAGAAUGCCUCGCCAAUUACCGUCGAGGAGGUGGAGAGCAGAUUGCCUUCGGGUAUUUCAUCCGUUUAUCUUGAUCAUUUUAAACGGUUAGAAAAGGAACUUUGCAAAGAGUUAAAGAUUGAAGAAGAACAAGUGUUACAUUUCCUAUGCGCCCUAGCCGCUUCCAGAGAGCCUCUACCAUUGGCCUUGGCCUCCAGAAUACUACAACCUACUGGGAACUGUUCCACUGCCAGACGAAAGGUAAAUGAAAUAAUCGCCUGUAUCUCUUCUCUUUUGCCAAUCUGCCACGAUCGAGUUCACUUCAUCCAUAAGUCCGUGAAAGAUUGGUUAACAAAUACGUCGUCGUAUGGUCAGCAUGAAUUCAUCGUGGACGAGAAGGAAGGGCAUCAGAUCCUCUUCGACCUUUGCACUGCUGAGCUUGACAAAAUUAAAGACAAGAAGCUUCUUGAUUCCCAUUUCAACGACGCUGAACAGUACGCAUUGCAACAUGGUGUCCAGCAUAUGACCGAGCUGGAUGGACUGGGUGAUCAUUCAACUACCUACAACGUAGAUCACCUGGUAAAAUCCUAUGUCAUAGAUUUAGAACUCAUUUUUCGCAGACUUUGUGUGAACAGCGUGGUUCCUUCAGAUGAUCUCCAACGUGUUCAAAGGAACGUCGACCUCGCCUCACUGCAAGAGGGAACUUAUUCUUUGUUAAGCUCUCUGUCAAAAGCCCUUCGAAAACAUUCCUAUCUGUUGAAGGACCACCCACAAGCUUUGUUUCAAAUUUUGGUCAACGAGGGCUCCCCCGAGCUAUCUCUUGGAGCAGCAGCAAUCCUUGAAAACAAGCUUCCUCAUGCCUUGUACAUGAAAUACCUAGACAAAGAAGAAGAACAAGAAGUAGUGCAAGGUCGAUUUUAUUGUUCAGGUACUGUGGCAUGCUUUGAUGUUUCACCCGAAAUGGAUUAUAUGGUGUGUGAAUGCCAAGAUGGAACAAUUCACCUGUGGUCUCUUCACACAGGGAAUGAAGAAUGGAAGAGACCAUCCUUAUUUGCGAAAGAAUUCACGGCCUUAUCUCGUUGGGGUAGUUCCUCGCACGAUGAAGGAGCAUAUCGUUGGGUGCAAUCUGGUUUGACUUUUUAUCGAUCAGUAGUUUUUGAUGCUAGUGGAAAAUAUGUCUUACCAGGAUGCUUGCGAAAUGUGUACACCCUAGGUGGAGAGUCCUAUGAGCUUUUUCCGAAAAGUGAUUGUGUUUUUUCAAAUUGUGCGUUUUCUAGAAACAGGAGAAAAUUUUUAACUGACAGUAGUAAUGAUCCCAAAAAAAUCUCUCUGUGGAACAUAGACGAUGGCGCCGAAUUAUGCUGCAUGCUUUUGGAUGAAAACGUUGCAUGUCUCGCUAUUUCCCCAGAUGGGUCAGUCCUCACAGCUGCAGAUAUUACUGGACGCGUGUACAUUCGUCAUUGCGACACAUUGCAAGGAUGGAAGUUCAAAUAUGUUCCAUGUGGACUAAUGCACCUUGCCUUCGAUGGUAAUUACAUAUUCGCUUUUGGUUCUCUAGGUUUUGUGCUCGCAGAAAUUGGAUCUCAUAUUUCAUACGCUUGGGUUUGGAAUGGCGAACAUGAUUACCAACUGUUCUCCCUCAGAAGUGAAGAUCAACUCUCUUCCUCGACAGGUGUCUCAUCGCUCUCAUUUCAGCGAGGCAAAUUUCUGUUAUGGCCAAGUGAUUCAAGUACUUUAGAUUUAACUGAUUUUUACGAGGAAAAUGCGGGGACUUGUCUGGUACAGAGUGUAAGCCGUAUUUUUCCAGAUUUAAAAGCAGGAUUUUACACAAGGCUAUCAGACAAUUCAAUACUGGCGGGUAGCCCAUCUUUCAACUACGUCGCCUUGGUGGACGUCAGUCAUCCAGAUUGUUCCUUUAAAAGCCCAGCAGUCAAUGAGGUGAUGCUUUCACCUGAGGGAGAUACUCUGUACUCCAUUUGUUCGGAUGAGAGGUCUUGUGAAGUGACCGUUUUAAGAUUGUCGAAUCGAGAAAUUUUGAUGCCGAAGAGGUCUUUUGCUUUUCCGUCUCUAUUUUUUGUGCCUAUGAAGGAAGGUGUUUUACUAUGUAUGGGGAAUGGAGUACCAGAGCUGUGGAAUUUCGAAUUAACGAGAUGCAUACGACCUCUUUCCAAACUGAGUGGUUAUGAAAAGCUUACUCUUAUAUCACAGGAACUGAUAGCCUGUCAAAGUCAAGACCAUUCAUUUGAAGGAACAGAUAUACCGGAUGUGGUAGUUUAUUAUCCACCAGAGGAGACAACAUUUUUUUUAAUGUCAUUAAAAGGGUCAUCUAAUCCAGUUAAAUUAUAUCUGAGAGGCUCAACCACCUUUAAAUUGCUCAAAGUAGACAUCUUCAACGUCACCAGUGGGGAGUUUAUUUAUUCUGGGAAAACAAAAGUUAUUUGCGAAGAAAAUAUUGAAUUUGUUUACUUCAAUGUUCGGGGUGACUUUCUUGUCUGCACUUGUGAGGAAAUAGACGAUGACUUGUUUGACAUAACAGAGUUGAAAAUUUGGUUGAGAAAGAACGACUCCCAGAAAAAUUCGUGGGAAAGAAAGAGUAGAAAGUAUUUUGAAGAACCGUUUUGGCCCCGGCUUAUUAUUUCGCCCAAAGAAGAGUUUGUUGUGACUUGGGGUUCCCUCGAUGCAGGUCGUGGAUUACAUAUCCUCGAUGCCAGAUGCGGUGAAACGAGGCACAAUUUGCUGAAAAACCGCGUUGACAUCGUCGACUGCAAAUUUGCUUGUGACGACGAGUCUUUGCUUUGCUGCACUAGCGACAACUUCCUUCGAUUGUUUCAAGUAAGAACCGGUGACUUGCUCUGCGUGCUCGACAUAAAGGAGAGACCGUUCAGUUUGGGGGUCUGCGCACGUGAAGAUCUAAUAGCCGUUGGUUUGUCGUCGGGUAGAUUAAAAUUCAUCCGCGUGGAGCUACCGAGGAGAAAAGAAUCAGAACGUAAAGGCUCACUGACCAAAACCAAAUGGAAGUGAAUGGAAGAAUCUUAAAGCAUUUUUGCUGCUCUCGAGAAUCGUCACGUAACAUUGAAACAACUCUCAAAAAGGAAUCCACAGAACGAUAUUGACUGUACGUCGAUGAGUACAAUGACAUCAGGACUCCUCCGACGCCUUCUUCACCUUAAGAAUCCAACAUUCGAGACCUCAUACGUUUGCUCGGGUUUGCAUUUUUUUUUCUUUUUGUUAUGAGGAUUUCAGUUUAGCUUGCACUGAAG